AUGAAAAAUUCAUACAUAUUCUUUCUAUACAUAAUAACAUUUACAGCAUGCGCGAUUGCUUCCUAUCUCGAUAUUCCAGACCCACCGCAACGUCCUAUUCGAUUUAAAACACGGAAGCAAAUAGAAGAUUAUUUGAAAGCUGUUAAAGAUUAUUAUGCUGCAUUUAAAAUAAAAUUGGUUCGUCGUUCUCAUUUUUUACCAGAUUAUUAUUCAAACAUAGAUGGCGGUUUCAACAGCGUGAAUCAACCAGAAGAAACGGAAAAACAUGCAGGCAGUUCAGACAACAUCAUUCAUUAUAGAACAUAUCAACAUCAACAGCCAAUUUUAUCGAAAAUCAUUUCAUUUCAAUUAAAUCCAUAUAUAUUUUUACGAACAGGAGAAGGUAUUAAACCACGACGUUUGCGCAGGCGAUCAUCCUUAUUUUCUGAAUAA